AUCAACUCAUUAAAUCGCUCACUUGCAGGUACAGUAGUCAAAUUUGGUAAUAUUUGGACACAACUAGAUCUUUACUGUGUCGUAUUAGAGCUACGUCAAUCUUUUUUGCUGCUAUUGCUUGCAGAGCAAAGGCGAAUACUUACAUGCGACGGUAUGCAUUAUUAAUAUACACACUAACAGUACAGUAUGAGUCAAAUUAGUAUCCUACACCACUCAUGUUUUGGAAUUGAUUUGGCUAGAGCUAGUGUUUUCGGUUAAAUACAGUUGUCAAGUACCAAACCAUUUCCGUCAGAUCUAGAUCAUUGUACUGAAUGAUAUAGCUCUAGGGUUCUAUGCAAACACAAAAGCAAAAACAUAAUGUGAGGUUUUGAGAAAUGCAUUUUGUGUGAUUUGCAUUUUACAUUUUUAUUUCGCAUAGCUUCAACUAUAAUCUUACCUAAAUACUGGAUACUUGGGCUACAUCAAGGAAUGUCGGUUCCAAGUAGACCACCAAAAAGCCUAGAACAUUGUAUGUAUUGAACAUAAAACAUAUCCCAUCACCACUCAAGUUUGUAAAGCAGCUAUCCCUUCUCAAUCUCCAAAACAGGGUAGCCUAAUUUCAGGGCUGUAAAUUAUGACUGAAUACAUCUAAUACAAAUAUUUCUUAACGUUUUUGGUCAACAGGAUAUGCUGCUUCCUCCUGCUCAACAAUACAUUCUGUGUCUUUAGCCCUAGAUCCUAUGAUCUUUUGCCAGUACUGUGGCUGGAUGGCAAGAAAGAGCCCAACCAGAUGUGCCCAUUGCCCUGCGACUACGGAUUCUGUCUCAAAACAGCAAAAUCUCCAGAUUUCCCUCAAAAUGGAACCAGUGAGCCAUGCAACGUCUGAGUCUUUCCAGGAAAUGUUGACGGUUUCCCCUUCUUCUGACAAUCCAGAUCCUAACUCACGCCCAGCCUCACUAGAAAAUGACCCCACUGGCUCCAAGUUGCUACCGCAGAGCCCAAAUUCUCCUGUAUCCUCCAACUCUGUCUCUCUUCAGCAAGCAGACAGAUGCCCGGCAGCUUUCCCCUAUUUAACAUUGGAGAAAACUCCCCACUCCAAGACGUCAUCUCUACCCUCACAGCGACAUGGGUCUGACCAGGAAAUUCAGAUCCUACAUCCAUGUCGCUUCUGUAAACUCACAUUUACAGCAUCUUACCUACUGCAUCAUCACAUUAAAGCUAGACACAAACACCGCUGCAACAUGUGCCCCCGGACAUUCCAUGGAGGACUUAAGCUUGCCCAGCACCAGGCUUAUGCCCACUUAGUAUCUCGUCCUUGCAACCUAAUCGGUGCUACCUCUUCCAACCCUGGUCCUCCUCCGACAACCAAUAGUAAUAGUAUUUGCAAAACAAGGAAACCAUACAUCAGCAACAAACAAUCUCUCGUGUGCCAGGCUUGCUCUCGUAAUUUCCAUUCGCCUGGCACGCUCCAGAAACACAGGUGCAACCCUCAACACGUGCAAUGUACUUCUUGUGGGAAAUACUUUGGCAGCAAAAUCUUACUCCGCCAACACAGUAACCAGAACAACUGCAACAGUGCCUGGAGGAAAAGCGAGGAGACAGAGACUAAAGAUGUCUUGCCCCUGGUCAACUUGGUCAGCCCACAGAGACACAAUCCGGUCUCAGACUCCCAGAACUCGGACUCCAGCAACCUACUCCCUCAGAAAGAUUCUUCACACCACUCCAGCGGUGACACAAAAACUCAAAUCUGCACUGCCAAUUCAAAAGGAGUUUAAUUACUUUAUUAUAUAAACAAUGGAAAGUCGGCUAUAAGAA